AUGAAGUACUUGGCUUUCUUUUCAUUGUUAUCCUUUUCCAUCAUCGUUACUCAUGCUGCUCAAUCACGUGGUUAUGAGGACUUCCUUCAAUGUCUGUCCCACCAUAUCUCAAACUCAACCACCUUCGCUGAGAUCAUAUACACUCGAAACGACUCGUCGUUUAUCUCUGUCAUGAGCUCCAACAUACAAAACCCUCGAUUCUCUUCUCCGUCGAUUCCAAAACCCCUCGUUAUCGUUACACCUUCAAAUGCCUCCCAUGUCCAAGCCUCUGUCUACUGCUCGCAGAAACAUGGCUUGCAUAUUCGAACACGAAGCGGUGGCCAUGAUUUUGAGGGUCUCUCUUACGUGUCCGAAGUCCCAUUCGUCGUAAUAGACUUGAGAAACCUAAGUUCGAUCAGUGUAGACGCAGAAGAAAAAACUGCAUGGGUUGAAGCCGGAGCUACCAUUGGAGAACUUUACUAUAGGAUUUCCGAGAAAAGUAGAAAUCUUGGCUUUCCUGCUGGAUUUUGCCCCACGGUAGGCGUCGGUGGUCACUUUAGUGGCGGUGGCUAUGGACCUUUGGUGCGAAAAUAUGGCCUUGCAGCUGAUAAUAUCAUUGACGCUUAUGUAGUCAAUGUUGAUGGGAAAAUUCUUGACAGAGAUUCUAUGGGGGAAGAUUUGUUCUGGGCCAUACGUGGUGGUGGAGCAGCAAGUUUUGGAAUCGUUCUUGCUUGGAAAAUCCGAUUGGUUCCGGUCCCAUCAACGGUGACUACAUUCGUUGUUAAUAGGAACUUGGACCAGAAUGAGACCAUGAAGCUUGUGAACCGGUGGCAAUACAUUGCUGACAAGUUAGAUGAAGAUUUGGUUAUCUUGCUUAGGUUCAUGACUGUGAAUUCUACAGAAGAUAAUAAGGUAAUAAUCCAAGCUCAAUUCAUGUCCUUGUUUCUUGGUGGAGUGAAUAGUCUCCUUCCAUUGAUGGAAAAGAGUUUCCCUGAGUUUGGUUUGAAAAGAGAAGAUUGCAUUGAAAUGAGCUGGAUUGAAUCCGUUUCUUAUUUGGCCGGAUUCCCAAUUGGAGCUGAGAUGGAAAAUUUGCUCAAUAGAACUCAACAAUGGCUGUUCUCAUUCAAAGGGAAACUUGACUACGUGAAGAAGACUAUACCGGAGAACAUAUUGAAAACAAUGCUGGAGAAGUUAUAUAAAGAAGACGUGGGAGUGGGAUUCUUCCAGUUGUUUCCUUAUGGUGGGAAAAUGAAUGAGAUUUCUGAAUCAGAGAUUCCAUUCUCUCACCGAGCCGGAAACCUUUACAAAAUUCUCUACUACUCCCAAUGGGUUCAAAAGCCAGGAGAAGAUGGUGAAGCCGCUGAUAUUAUUAGGCAUAUAAAUUGGCCGAGAAAUGUUUACAAGUACAUGACUCCUUAUGUGUCCAAAAAUCCAAGAGGUGCAUACGUAAACUAUAGAGACCUUGAUUUAGGUAAAAAUAACGACGAGGGUCCCACGAGUUACACUCAAGCAAGUAUUUGGGGUAAAAAAUACUUUGGGAAAGACAACUUCAAAAGGUUAGUUCAUGUGAAGACUAAAGUUGAUCCUAAAAAUUUUUACAGGAAUGAACAAAGCAUCCCACCUCUUCCACAGCCACGGCCGGGUCAAUAAGAAGGAAAACCAUCGAUCUUGACAAAAAUAUUCUUGCCACCUUUGUUUAUAUAUAUAUAUAUAUAACUAAUAUUGUGUUUCAUUGUUUAUUAUAAAUCAUCUUCACGUGGACUAUUUCAUAUAUAUGUUGUACUAAAUAAUUAAUAGCUUUUUCUUCAAUGUAGAUAGAUGGCUUCGUGUAUUAUUUAAUUAAGUAAUACUAGCUAAUAUAUUUACA